GCCUCGCAGCCAAACCCAAGACGAGAUUGGGAGUGGAAAAGGGAGACUGUGAGGUGUUGGCGAUGACGGAGCUCUGGAAGAGCGGAAAGGAGCCGAUAGCCGAUGCUGGCCCUGUGGAGCCCGAGCCCGGGCGAGAGGAGCCCAGGACCGAGUGGUCUGCGGCCAGGGAGGCCUGGGGCUGGCAGGAAGUUGGGCUUAGCUGGAGCGACUCUGACCCAAGAAAAGGGAGGACCGAGAACUAGGAGUUCUCGGAAAAGGGGAUUGGACUGGGAAAGGUGAUAGCCAGGGGACUGUGAUGACACCUCGUCAUAUAGCCGUGAUUUUAACUCCUCGCCGGAGAGGAAAGAUGAAGAUGGAAGGGGCGGAUGCUGGCUCCCGAUGGGCAAAAGCAACAACCAUCAAAGAAGCCCUAGCCAGAUGGGAAGAAAAAACUGGUCAGAGGCCAUCUGAUGCCAAAGAAAUAAAACUCUAUGCCCAGAUUCCCCCAAUAGAGAAGAUGGAUGCAUCCUUAUCUACUCUUGCUAAUUGCGAGAAGCUUUCACUGUCUACAAAUUGCAUUGAAAAAAUUGCCAACCUGAAUGGCUUAAAAAACUUGAGGAUAUUGUCUUUAGGAAGAAACAACAUAAAGAACUUAAAUGGACUGGAAGCAGUAGGAGACACAUUAGAAGAACUGUGGAUAUCCUACAAUUUCAUCGAGAAGCUGAAAGGGAUCCAUGUAAUGAAGAAACUGAAGAUUCUCUACAUGUCUAACAACCUGGUAAAAGAUUGGGCCGAAUUCAUAAAGCUGGCAGAACUGCCGUACCUGGAAGACCUGGUGUUUGUAGGCAAUCCCUUGGAAGAGAAGCAUGCUGCGGAAGGCAACUGGAUUGACGAAGCAACCAAGAGAGUGCCCAGGCUGAAAAAGCUGGAUGGUACUCCAGUAAUUAAAGAAGAUGAGGAAGACGACAGUUAAGGCUGUAUUUUCUGCAUUGUGUUAAUUUAUUUAAAUGUCAUGAGAAUAACAGAUAAGUUUUGUAUAAUUGUCUAUUUUAAAGAUUCUGUGGGGACAAAGGGUUCUUAAGAUAAAAUGUAUCUCUCACUUCCAUCUUUUAAAAACCUAUUCAGUGUUUUUCCCUCAAACCAGUAAUAGCAACUCUAGUCCAGUCUCACUUUUGGAAAGUACUAAUUUCCCAUUUUUUUCUUUAGUCCCAAUUAUACACUAUGUGACCCUGCCUACUGACACUUAUAGACCAGUCAUUUUUACUAGCAUAAGGUCAGAUGUUCUCUGUUGCUUAGUAUUUGUUUAGACCAAGCAUUUUAAAGGAUAUACUUUCAAAUCUGUCGAAGGUCUAUCUCCUUACAACUCGGAAGCACAAAUGUAUCACACCUUUGAUUUGAAGGCCGCGUGGUGGCGGGAAGCAUUCCUCUUAGAGCACACCUGUGGCCGUAGAGCCAAGAGCCCCAAGUCUAAUUAGAUACAGUAGUGGAAAAAGGAAGAAUCUUGGAGGUUUUCUAGCUCAUGUUGUAUUUAGUGGUUUUUCCAAAAAAUGUGCACACUGUCAACUCUGGUACCUGAAUGGCCACUGAGGUCAUCAUGUACAGUCAGUCACACUGUGAUCCCCAUCAGUGGCUAGCCCAAUUGGCAUGAUCAUGCCUUUCAUAGUAUCAGGUUAUUCUUUUGGACCUGGCUUAUGCACAUCUUUUUUGGUUUAUAAUUCCUUGUAUAUUUAAAGCAGUAGUCAUUAACUCUAGGCUAAAUAUCUACCGUUGAGAUUUGUAAAAAUAUUCUUUAAUGAUUUAGCCUGAUAACCUUUGCUUUAUGGCAAUAAAGGUACAGACUCAAUAUAUCUGAGUGAAUUUGGUACCUCUAAAUAAAUGGGAUAGUAUUUUGAAAUAUAUUUUUUGGAAGAUCUAAGUUAAAGUGUAUCAUGUAAGUGGUGUAGAGGGAAGAGAGGAGAUGUUUCAGGAUGGGAUCCAGGCAAAUGGCAGACAGUGGGGAUUUCUCCUCUGUGGAGCAUUGUCAGUGUCUUAACCUCAGAAUUGCAAAGCAAUAGUUAGGUACAGAGAUUAGAAUGUAUCAUGUAAGGAAAGAAUUCUGGAAAAUGCAAGAUGUUGUCAAUACCUGAUGAAGUCUGUAGAAUCACUGAUAUAUUGCAGAAAACAAGUCAGGAGCCCCUGCCAAAUUGUGCCUAAAAUCUCUCAACCAGACUACUGGUUCUUGUUUCCCCCAUUUCCGUGAGAUUCUACUUGCAUG